UCGCGUCGCGGUAGUAUCGAAUUUAUUUCGGAGUGUAGCGUGAACGAUUUUUCAUUUGCCAUGAUACGAGACCGCGAGACUUUCUUGUGACAAUAUUAACGAAAUAAAUCUUUAUUCUUUUUACGAUAAAUGGUCGGGGGGAAAUUUUCAAAUGAGGAAAAGUUUCUGGAUGUGGUGAAAUUUGAAUGACGGCGAAACGAAUAAGUGAAAUCGAGUCGGUUCGUCAAUUCGGAAAUUGUCAUUGACAGUUUUUGUUUUCGAGUGUUAUCGAGACUAGAAGCUGAGAUAAUUCAAUCGUGAGCCUAGGAUCAAAACACCCCGUGAGGAGUCCGACUAUUUUCAAGUUCUGCAAACGUUGUCUGGAAACGUGGAUCUGUUGUUCAUACACCGGAUAAGAAAGCGAUAAAGUGUGUUUACAAGUGUACUCUUCGUCUACGUGUGUCCUCGGGGUGCGUGCGUUAUUUUUAUUUUUAUUUUUGUUUUAUUACGUUUCUCCGGUAUUUUUUAUUCGUUUCGUCUCAUGUGGAAUUUAGCCAAGACGAGUUUUGGCUCGGCUCGCGCGUGCGCAGGCGUUUUUUUCGAGGGACCAAAAGCCGCGUGGUUGCGAGUGUACGCCGCCGCCUGGCCGAGGGGCUAGUGUACCUCGAGCGUUCGAGUGAGAAAGUGUUAGAGGCCGAGAGGGAAUAAGAAAGAGAGGGAACGUACGGAGAUUCAGGGUCGAGGACUUGUGAGAACUUGCCUUUUUCUCCCACACAGGUUAAUUCUUAGGAAUUCGUACGAAUCUACUAAAAUUUAUUUUCCACAUGCAAUGAAGUAAUACUAGUUUUACAAAUUCGGUAUUAACUCGAAAUAAAAAAGAGUCAAAAUGCUCAGUGCGAUAACCUUAAAAUUCGAGAUCGUAAAGUGUCAGAAUGUCACAGUAUCGCAAGUAUAUUUAGUCUAGAAAAAUCUAACGAUCGUGUCAAUCCCAUUGUCGUAAUAUUUUCAUCUCACCAUUCGUCCAUAGCCUAAAAUUGCAUCGUUGUCCUAAGAACACUUGAUAACGAAAUUUCAUCGUAAUAGAAAAGAAUAAUGAGAACAAUUGAGGUCUAACCUCUCCGUUGUUCGUCCGUAACUAUCGAUCGUAAAAAAAAACGCGCCGGGAAUGUGGUUAGAGGGGAAAACUUAGCAAGAAGAAUGUACGAGAGCACGAAAAAGUUUGUAUAAUUCAAAACUGUCCAACGACCGAAAGAGCACUCGAGGUAAAUGUCAUUUUGUUGAAGUUUAUCGUGCGGCUGUGAGGACCGGUGAGAAGUCGGAAGGUAGGGAAGGCGGGAUAAGGAGCAAGGGCGACAAGGGAAGCCUGACAAAGAGAGGAGAGUGCUCGCACGGUAGUAGUCGAGAAGACAUGACCCGAGUGCAACUCGCGUACGAAAGUUGAGACACGGUGGAUCGGGCCGAAAGAUCGCCGAUGAAAAACCUUUGCAUCGGGCUUGGUGCGUUCGUAGAAGAGGGAGAACGACAGUGAGAGGAGCGGAGAGCGGCGCAGAGGAAGAAAGAGCGUGAAAGAGAUAGAUGGUAUCGGGUGCGUCGUGUAUACGCGAGGGUGAGAGUAAGACAGGUGUAGAGGAGAAGGAAGAAAAAGGAGAAAGAGGAGGAGGAAACGACACGAGGGAGAGAAAGAGAUCGAGAAGAGUAGAGGGGCUCCCAAGGCCGUGGGCUCCCUCGAUACACUUAUACGUACGAGCAUUAAUGUGCAUAUGUGUAUGUACGAUAUAGAUACAUACUUACGCACCUAACCUUGCUCACAUCUCUCUCCGCGCACACAGAGUUUUGUAGCGUAUUUUUUAUCUCUUUUUCGUUUUUAUUCCUUCUGCUUUUCUCUGUCUUUCGUUCCCUUCGUACAAUGCGGCAAUCUCAGUAGCGUAUUUCGAGCGCUCUCUUGCAUCCCCGCCUCUCCAGGGCUAUGAUUUUCGCUCGAAUUUGUUGAACCUCGUUUCGGGAAUACUCGCGAAUUUCCGAAAUGAGAGCCGACCGAUGGGUUGCUGCGGGCGUAAAAGUUUUUCAGCGUGGCCAACUUUGCCUCGAUUUCCUCGCGUCUGUAAGCAUCUCUGUACACUUUUAUCCGCGUUUACGCAUGCAGAACACUUGUGGAGGAGCGUGCAUCGUCGCGGUUAGGGCGUAAAGGGCAGCUCACCGCUCGAGUAUUUAUCUUUAGGGUCAGCCGACCAGUAUCGACUAAUUCGUGCUCUCGUUUUUCGCGUUUACGGUUUCAUUGAUUUCUCACUCCUUCGCGCACAAAUCACACAAACAAGGCGGGCAAUGAUCUCCGUUCUGUUUUCGCGCGUUGUCAAAUUUCGGGGAGUAACUAGAUAGAAAAUUAGGAAGGAAGAUCGUUUCGUUCAAAUAUUUAUCAUACGGAAAACCGUUCGGGCGAUAAACGAUGUAUUUUUUUUUCUUCGAAACAGCUCACCACCCACGCCCUGGCAAGUGAAAAAAAAAAAAAAAAAAACGUUCGGCAAUAGUGACUUGCGAUUCAUCGCUCGGAGGGAGCGAAAAAGCUGCAAAUGAGCAGGUGAUUAACGCAUAGAGUGGCUCAGAGAUCGGCGGAAAAAACGAUAAGCGCCUGGCACGGAUGACCGGCCAAUUGGAAAUUCGCGAACGAGUGAGCGUGAUUAGAGAAAAUAAAAUAAAAUAAAGAAGAAAAAAAAACAGUGUAAAAACAACAAAAGUUCGUUCGAAUUAACCAAACGAAAUGAACAGUGUAAUUGGAACGAAGCAAUAAAAAAAACGUGAAAUAAUAUUAAUCGAUAGUUACUUGAAAAAAAGGAAAAAAAAACAAAGGUUUGAGACUGACGAGUUUUUUUUUUAAUCGAUUGAUAAAUAAAUUGAGUGCUCGAGAUAAACGAAAACGUGGGAUUUGGUUGCGGAAUCGAUCAAUAAUCGACACUCGAUCGAAGCACGUUUACGAUGAACCGGAAAGUCGUAAACUGGGUGAAAGAAUAAUAAUAAAAAAAAAAAAAAAAAAAAAAAAACUGUACUUCGCGAUAGCCGAGAUCGAUCGAAAGCGAACUGGUUUGGAAUCGCUCGUGUUAAUAAACUGCGCGGAAAAAGUGAUUCUCCUGAUUGCGUUAAUAUUUGGGAUGGCUGUCGAAAAAUCAGAGACUUGCAGAGAGUGAAAGGCUAGAAGUCGGAGAGUGAAAAUAGCUUGGAGAAUAAAAGAAAAGAUAAAAAUAGUUGUUGUCGUCGCGAUUGAAAAGGAAGGAUGACGAUAGCGAGUAACAUUGUCGUCGAGUGGUUGCGAUCGCUCCACCUCGGUCAAUACUCCGAAUCUUUUAUCGACAACGGUUACGACGAUCUCGAGAUCUGCAAGCAGAUCGGGGACCCCGACCUCGACGCGAUCGGGGUAUUCAACCAAACUCACCGCGGGCGACUCCUCCAAUCGGUGAAAACCCUCCGCGAAGAGGGUGCAGCCAGCGUUUAUUUCACUCUCGAGGAAACUACUGAUUGCCUCUGCGACAAUGUCAGCUCGAAAUCAUCCCGAACUUCCUCGGAAAGACCCACCAGCGAAAAGGAAGCACAGAGAGCUUCUCCCACUGCCAGCUCCUCGAGCGGGGGCCAAGAACUCACCAAAUUUGCCGACGAGUACGAAGAAGGCAAAGCCGAACUCGUUAGGAUACCCAGGAUGCAACUCCGCAUGCUGCUGCAGGAAAAGUUACGUCACGAUGGGAUACGGCUCUCGUGUCAACCCUACACUACACCGGAAGGGGAACAAGGCUACUUAGAGGGAUUGGCGUCGAGAUACGCGGAUCUCUUCAGAACGCAUUACAGCGAUGUCCUCGAGCCCCUCGAAGAGUUACGACGCCGGGAAACAAAUGCUUCGCCGAGGAUGCCAAAUACUCAACUGACAACCAGUCAUUCGCAACCUAUUUACGUGCCAGGAAAAUACUCGCCUUCGAGUUGUCUCAGCGACAAAGAGGAGGAUGAGAUCUACGGAUUCGGUUACGGUGUCUUCGGACGACAGAUGCUUCAGCAGCGCCAACAAAAACUUGCCCUAGCCACUCAAAAUACGCCGCUCACAGGACCAGGUGGAAUUCAGCAGCAACAAACUUACCAAAGUUGCCUCAGUCCAAGGUCCGCAUACUUCUACGAAUUUCCACCGAACGAGCAAGGGCAGAAUACGAGUAAGAAGAAGACGACUUUCUCGAGGCUGUUGCGAGGGUUGAAGACCCAUAGAAAAGAGAAACAGCAGGGCCAAUCGCAAGGCUCGCCGAGGCACGGCCGGGCACGAUUCGGUGUACCGCAGAGGGUGGAUACGCCAGACAGUGUGCUGCAGAGCGGUUUGGGUAUGGGACCAGACAUGGGACAUACGAUUCUGCGAUCAAUGGUCGAUCCACGUGACUACGAUAGACUGAGAUAUCUACAGAUGAAUGGAGGUCAACCGAACAGCUUCGAAGAAACUAUACAUAGGCUGAAAGUUCAGGAUGCACUCAGGAAGAAAGAGCGAUUUCACAAAGAGCACGAGGAGAUACUGAGGGACAUCAGACAAGGCCUGAUGCAACUGGGACGGGACGGGAGAGGACAGCUCCCUGGAGACGACACAUACAUGUACGACGAGGACGCAAGAUGCGGAGGUGUCGCAGGUGGAGCUAUGCUCACCGGCGGACCCGGACCUCAGCAUUGGUACGAUGAACCGCCCUACGAAUCCGAUCCCGAGGACUUUUUAAUGGGCGCAAGCGGCGCUCCCGUACCAACAGCGACGAUACAGAAUGGACGUGUCUGUUUCACCCUUAAUCUACGACCGGAGAAUCGCGGCGAGGGUGUUAUAUCACUGCGUACAGCAGGUGAUAUAAGUCUGCCACGGGAUCGAUCGCGGAAGGUUCCAAUGUCGACGAUGAGAGGUCUCAUAGUACCUCAGGGUCACAACAACCCACCGACCAUCAUCCCACUUACGCAUUCGAGGGCUUCCCGAGAGAGUGGUGACUAUGCGAGCAGUGACGUCCAGAGCUCAAGCUCGAGACUGUCAACUGUAUCGGUGGAAGAUGAAGUUACGACGGUCGAUAAACUGGACAAUGAGCGAACGUCGUCUAGUCAACGGAAGGUGAAUCAUCCGCACGAGCCGCAACAGCUCAAUCAUCAGCGCGAUAACCGUAAAGGAGCGUUGCCACGUGGCGAUCAACGGUCAAAAGUAACAAGAUUCCGGGCUAUCGGGCCAAUCGUCGGGGCUGAAAAUCUCAGUGAGAACGAGAAAAACAACCACGUUGACGGCACAACCAGCAGCGACAACAAAGCACGUAGCACCAGUAACGAUAAUGGCAUUGCCACCGUCGCGUCAUCGAAAUUCCAAUCAAUUACACGAAGAGCAAUACCCGGCCCCGAAUACAGUCGGAGCAGCGGCGAGGAAGGUCUUUCACCAAGCCAGAGCAGCGACUACGAGGAUCAAGAAGAGUUAGAGAACCAACACACGCCAACGAUUCACACAUCGGAAGCGAGCGCGCUGCUGGAGAGCGGAAACGAUGGUAGGGUCGGGAUCGCCGGUCGAGCAAGAAACCUGAGGCACGACGUGCAGAGAAAAAUAACGAGACUGCGGGAGGAUCGAACAUCGUCCGAAGCAUUUCCGUGCAGCGCCAGCAGCGUCGAGAGCUUGCCGAGCGGCAGUGGCUCGAGUACACAGGCACUUGUACGAGCGGGAAGCAAUCACAGCUCGAUAUCGUGCGAGGAGAGAGAACCAGCGAGCCCUACAUCAAUAGGUCCUGUACUCUGCAGAGCAAAAGCACUUGUCGAUUAUACACCGAGUCCAUACGACAAGGAAGCUCUCAAGUUUAAGAAGGGCGACGUAAUCGACGUUGUUCAGAUGAACACGAGUGGACUUUGGAAAGGCGUCGUGCACAAUAGAAUUGGCCACUUCAAGUUCAUAAACGUCGAGAUACUGAACGAAAGAGUACCGAGACGGGGUGAGCCUGAGAGAACCAAGUGGGGACAGAGAUACAGACAAAAGCCAGGCUCGGUUCAAGAGCUCUUGCAGAGAAUGAAUCUUCAGGAGCACAUACCAGUUUUCGUUCUCAACGGUUACGAGGAUCUCGAGCUGUUCAGGGAACUCGAACCAGCGGAUCUUGACUAUCUACGAAUUCAUCAACCAGAACAUCGAGCCAAAAUACUCACAGCCGUGCAACUCCUUCACGAAUUGCAGUCUGGAAGCGAAGGAGACUUGGCAUCGAGUUCAGAGGGUGACGAGAUCAGUCGAUUGGCUCUGACAUCCGGUCAGACAUCGGGUCACUGUUCGCCAUUCAGCAGACGACAAUUUCCUCGUGAUUCCGGCUGCUACGAUGCGCACAAAAAUCCAACGAGAUCGCGUAACAUAAGUCCGGAGAUGGGUGGAAAAAUGUCACGAGAGAAUAAUCUCGAUACGGUGAUACCGGCUAAAUGUACAACGAGCUUGGAGACAAACGUCAUGACAGAGAACAAGGAUGAUUUCCAUCGGAAUAUACCGAUAAGUGGGGCUGGUGUGAUCGCUGGGAGCAGGGAUAGUCAUCCUUUCGAAAAAAGCGGUCAGCAUCUGCGAAGCGGUGCGGCAACGGGCAACGUCAGAUUUAUUGCAAAGAGAGGCAAUUUAGUUGAAACGGUGGUUAUUGGAGAGGAAGCUAUUGGAAUGCAAAAGAUUUCGGGUAUCAGUACGAAGUACGGGGGUUGUCCUGAUCUUGGAAUUGUUUGCGAGGGAAGCGGCGUUUCGACGACAGUUGGUCUCGGACAGCGUGGAUGUUUGAGCGAGAAAUCGAGUGACUCUGGCGUCAGUUCGUCGAGUCUUAGCUCAGCACCACCGCCCAGAGACAAAAGACUUGUUUCAGCGACGUCGAGCCACCCCACGAAUACCUCGGCCGCUGGACUAACUCCUGCCACUUCCACCUCGUCAACGAUCGCUGAUUCACCAACCAAAAGUUUCGCCAAUUUUUCACGUGGUCCACCAACUUCCCAAGCAACAACAAGCGCCAAAUCUACCAACGACACGACCACCUAUCCUUAAAUAAUAAUUCUUCAAUGCUUAUCGGAGAAUCCUCUUCGUACGUUUACGCUGUAGAAACUUUAUUUUUAGUACCUUAUAGUGCAACCACAGGAUGGAAAACCCAUUGGUAAAGUUAAACAAAAGUAACACAAUGGAAACCAAUUCUGUCCAAUACCCGAGCGACUCGCUGCUAGUCCCGGUGCUUUCGAGAGUCCCCAUUUUUCCGCUCUCGCUCUCUCGUAGCUCGGACGAAAACUCCAUAUGUACAUUUUUAGUCGUAGGCUAAGAAGAGAAGCGUGAAAUAUUCAUAUGUGAUACAAUAACUUGAAUAAUGGUUUUUAACCGCUUUUGGUCUUCAUACUUCCGUUCUUCGACUCGUUUUAUGACCACUUCAGGUGAGAUCAGUACAAACUAUCAGAAUGACCGCUCUCAUGUCGUAAAUUUCACUUUUAUCAUAGAAAAAUAUAUACAUACAAGAGAUUCAACUUCCUUUGAACGCUACGAUUUUUGUUAAUUUCUAUUUUUUUACGUAUUCGUUGCAUCACUAAAAAAAAAAAAAAACACAAUUUUUCCCUAUUUUUGUACUCAUACUUUUUCUUCGAUUCAAGCAUAAAUAAAUCUCGAUCAAGUUCCCUCAGGAACUUGCUAUCCAUCUCAGUGACGAUUCUCUUUUUCAUGAUAACUGAAAGUGGUUAAUACGAGCUACAAAUUACCAAGAUUGUGCAGAGUGAAAACAAUGAGGAAGCUUGGCGUAUACAACUUAAUCAACAAUUCGGAUAAUAGAAAAUUUUACAACGAGCCAACAUGCUCAAUUCGUAAAGAAAAACAACGAAUGUUAUAAUUGUAAAAAAUCACAAUCCGUAAUAACGAUGUUGACGAAAAUAGUCAACUCGAAAAACGACGAAACUCUAUGCGAGUGAUCGACAAUGAAAAAAACAUUUCAGAACUGUGUUUCAAUUCACUGAUCAUCACUGAAUUACUAAUUAAUCAAAAUUUCGUAUGUAUACGCUAACCAUCUUCGAUAUAAUUGCAACAAAGCGUUCUCUGGUCAUCUAAAAAAUUGGCUAAUUGACGUUAUUUCAAGGGAACAAUAUUUCUCGAUAAUUGCUCCGAUUAGUACGAAAGAAAUAUGUACAUACAUAAAUAUAUCUACUCGAAAAAAAACUUCGUACAAAGUCCCGAAAAAAACUGCCAAUGAGCUCAACUUUUAUUUGAAUUGUUUUUUUUUUCGUUUUUUGUUUUUUUUAUACGUUUUAACUUAAUCAAUUGUUGACUAUACGACUCGAUUUUUACACACUCGACAUAUCGGCUACACACUCAUCAGCCGAACAAACGAUUCCAAAGCGUAAUGGAAAUGUGACAAUGUGUUAGCCUUCACUGAUUUUAGCUCAGCUUUUAAUUAAACGACUCAAACAAAAGUUCGCUCAGCAAGCGAGAAUCGUCGAGUUUUGUACAUAAAGUAGGUGGAACAUGUGAUGUGAUGAUUUUUUAUAAUAUUAAGCGAAUUCAUUGUAAAUGCCUUCGAAUGGGCUCAACUCAAUUCGCUGUCCGAACGUGGACUUUCGACAAUCUAUUAAGGUAUCGUUGCUGUUGACACUGCGUGUGUUUUGGGGUGUCAGUCUCAUGCAAACGAACUGGCGACGGUAGAAAAAAAUAAUCGUUCUGUCAACGCGUUGCUUUCUUACCUCUUAAUCACGCGCGACAAUAAUUUUCACUUACUUUUCUUGAAGAAUUCCAAUUUUCUCCCACAUAAGAGUCCAUUUUUAUGAAAUGAUGAUGAAUUCGUAAUUAUUUUUAUUAUUUAUAAUCAUACUUUGAGCAUGGACCAAAAUUGUAUUUGAAAAAAGCAUUGAUGACCCAAACAACAGAGUUUAUGGGUUACAAUUUUUAAACAGGAAAACAGUGUUAUGAUGAUUGAAAAAUAGUCGAAAGGUAAACUCGAGAAUUUCGAUAUACCAAAACGUAAUGAGCUUUUCAAAAAAUUGCCUUUCAUGUUUAUUAGUUUGAUGAGACUGAGGCCUCAGAGCUCUUACGAUAUCUCGCUUGUGUUCAAUGCCGCGAUCGCCGCACUGUAAAUGUGUACAUUCAUAAUUGUGUAAAGAGAAAAAAAGUGACAGAUGAAAAAAGAAAAAGAAAAAAAACAUGUUGAAAGUUACAAUUUCAAAGUAAAAAGUGGAGAAAAAAGUCUGCGCGAAAUGAUUGGCAUUCUCAUCUACUUGGGAAUUACAUCAUGUGUUGGAUAUAAUACACGAAAGUAACCAUCCUUCAAAGAUUACGUAAGCCAAACAUCUUUUGAAGAUAAAACUUUACGAAGGAGCUUGACGAGGCAAAUGAGCAACCAAAAAAGUCAUCUUAAAAAGGAUUUUUCCGAGUGAUAAGUCGUGCCAAUCUUUCGCCGACUCAUAGUCGUAUAAACGUAUAAUUGAAAAAAUGCCCCCCCCCCCCCCCCCCCCCCCCGGAGAAAUAAAAAUGUUUUCUAUCGGUCCUAUAAAAGUUUGCCAAAUUUAAAGCUACCCAAGAAUCUACAGCUAAGGAACAAAAAAAGCAAUGAAUUAUUAUGAGAUUAUUUGAAAAUCGAAUGACUGGCAAGGGAUUAAAAAAAAAAACGAGCUAUCGAAGGAAAAAUAACGCGCGAAGAUUAAUAAUCGCCUCUUAACGAGGGUCGGGUAUACGAGAAUAAAGAAAUAUGAAUCAAGUACAAGAAUGUUGGAUCUUGUGUAAAUUCUCUGUAUAGGUAAAGCAAUAAAUAAUUAAUGGAAAUAAGAGACAAGGGAAAAAAUUAGUUAUCGAUAGCGAAAAUGAACGUUCGAUCUUGAAAAUAAAUUCGAACGUUUCACGCUCGUUAAUUGUACAUACUAUUAAAGUAAUCAAGAGAAUGUAAGAGAUGAUCGUACGAUGAAAAACGGACGAUUGGUCGAAUUAGAAAAUGGCGUUUCCAUCUGAGACUGGACGAAGGAUUAAAAAGAAAAUGAGAUAUAAAAUUAAAAAAAAAAAAACGAAUGAAAACACAAAAAAUAUUCUAUAUAUUUCCAUUACUUAACGUUGCAUGUUCACGUUUUCCAUCAUUACCUACGUACGUAGAAGAUUUAGCAAAGAAAAAAACAUGCUUAUGACGACAUUUCCCUUGGAAUCGACAAAAAAAAUGUUUAAAAUAAAAAAAAAGAGAAAAACAAUUAAAAAAUUAAAAUUUUACGAGCCCACAGGAAUGAAAGGAAAAAUUGUAUUUAAGAACAAAAGUUAUAAUGAAUGAACGCCGAAAGCAGUGCGAGAAAGAGUGGGAGAGAGUGAUAAUAUUCGCCGUUGCUAUGACAUAGUUUAUCCGUUCCAUCGACAUUAAUAUUAAGUGUUUAGCGACGAGGUAACGUGUUAAUUAGUUACAAGUUUAUGGGAAUAACAUUUAACAAUACAAAACCAGAAGAAACAAUGAAACGAAAGAAGAAGAUUUAAAUAAAUAGACACGAUAGUGAUUUUAUUAGCUCGAAACAGUUACGAUUCGCAACUUGGACGUUGAAUUAAGUUUAUUUGUACGGUAAAGACCCGCACGAAAAAAACCAUUGUCGUCGUUAUAGUCGGUCGAAACAAUCGACCACAGAAUUUUGAAACCACGGACGUACAUCUCGACAACUGCAUACGUCGAAUGACAAUGAAAAAGAAAAAAAAAACAACAAAACAAAACCAAUGAAUAUUGAAAAUUGACAACAAAUUCUUGUGCAAAUAAAGAAAAAUGUUUUCUAUCUUGAAAUCAAACACGAGGAAUGAGCUAUACUCAAAUUCUCAUAAAAACGGAUCAACAGAGGUCUCUAGUCCAUUAUCACCAAGCGAUUGAAUGAAUAUGGAAAAUUUAAUGAACAAAGAAAAAUGAGGAAAAAGUAAAAGUAAAUAAAUAAAUACGAGAUUUAUAUGUAAAUAAACAGCAUUUUUAGGGGAACGCGGGCAUAUGCAACGCCUUUCCUUAUGUUUACGCUAAUACGCUGAACAAUUUUUUAUAUAAACUUAAAUUUUUUGUAUUUAUUGAUUCAUUGCGGGGCUAAUGGUCACAAUAAUUAUAAUUUUCAUACGUUUAGUCAAUUAUCAUCAUCAUUAUUACUAUUAUUUUUUGUAUUGUUUUUCAACGAUAAAUGUUAAUUUAUUGACUGUGGAUCGAUAGAAAUAAAAAGAACGAAAGAAUCAAAGUAA